AUGUUGUCUAGAAUUGAACUAAAAAUAUACUUGUAUGCUCUGAAACGGCAGUUUGUGGAUGCAGGCAUGCCCGAGGCGCUCUCUGAAAUGAUUCGAAUUCUUCAGGGUGGCUCUGACACACAUGACCUCUGCAGCAUAAAAGUGGGCUCAAACCUCAUUGUUACCCUCCUACUCGGAGAUGAGUCAAUGCAGAAGUGUUUUGGGGAAGGGACGGGGAUGUAUCAGGAUGUCCUCUCCUGGCUGCAGUCAUCAAAUACUGAGCUGCAGUUGUCAGGAGCCCUGGCCAUUGUGAACUUUGCCAGAAAUGACAGCAACUGUGUAAAGAUAUUGGAAUUAGGAGUUGUUCCUUGUAUUCUGGACCUGUUGGAGCAGGAUGUAGCAGAGGGAGAUGUAUCUGUGCAGCACGCUUGCCUCAGUGCACUUAGAAAUCUUGCCAUUCCAGCUUCCAAUAAGGUGCGUAUGUUGGAGAAUGGAGUCACUGAGAGGAUCAGGACCCUUUUGCGCACUGACAUGCCCCCCGUCCAGGUCAAACUGCUUGGCACUUUGCGCAUGAUGGUGGACAACCAAGAGGAAGCAGCUUCAGUUUUAGAGAAGGAUGAGGUUAUGUUAGCACGGGUGAUGGAGUGGUGCGAGGCUAAAGAUCAUGCCGGUGUCAGAGGCGAGGCCAACCAUCUACUAGCAGCUCUUAUAAGACACAGCCGAAACCCUGAAGUCAUCCACACUGUGAUUAAAGCAGACGGAGUCCAACAUCUCAUCUCAAUGGCAACCAGUGAGCACGUCGUCAUGCAGAAUGAGGCUUUAGUCGCUUUGGCCAUUGCCUCUGCAAUAGACAUUAAGGCAGUCCAAGAACCAUUUCGGGAUUCAGAUCUCCUUCCCACCUUGCAGAAGACGCUAGAUGACCCUCUUGUGGCCGUGGAGGUCAAAUUCAGUGCUUUAGGCUUUAUCUGCAGCCUUGCCAACUCUAGUCAGUACUGCAAAAUAACACACUGUGGAACACCCAAAGACUGA